AUGGCCACCGACAAGAAAGACAUUGAAGACAUAGUGCCGCAGCAACCCGAAUACGUUCAUGAUGAUGUAUUCGGAGAGAUCUCGGAGCAUGGUCCUAACUUUCGCAAUGUCGGGUUCAUAGGAACCGUCAUCCUCAUGAUGAAGACGCAGAUUGGUUUGGGCGUCCUUGCCAUCCCAUCUGCUCUGGAAGUUUUGGGCAUGGUCCCGGGCAUUAUUUGUCUGUUUGCAGUCUACUGUAUCACUACUUGGUCUGCCUAUGUCAUUGGCAUUUUCAAGAUCAACCACCGCGAUGUCUACAGCAUUGACGAUGCCGGUGGACUCAUGUUUGGUCCUUUGGGCCGGUGGACCCUUUCAGCCGCAUUCUGCCUUUAUUACGUUUUCACCAGCGGUUCGGCUAUUCUUGGACUUUCCAUUGGCUUGAACGCCGUGUCUACCCAUGCAACAUGUACGGCAGUCUUCACUGCCGUUGCAGCCAUUGCCGGGUUGUGCUUCUGUAGUAUCCGAACAUUAGGUCGCAUCACUGCGGUUGCAUGGGUGGGCCUACCAUGUAUCCUUACAGCCGUCAUUAUUGUUACUGUCGGAGUCGGUAUAGAGGACCGCCCCGCUGACGCGCCCAAAACGGACGGUCCUUGGGUUUCCGACUGGGUAGCCGUCGGCAACCCCAGUUUUGCUGAUGGAAUUGCAGCUGUAUCUAAUCUGCUAUUUUCCUUUACAGGAAUCCCGGCAUUCUUUUCCAUCGUUUCCGAGAUGCGUGACCCCCACCAAUACACCAAAGCCGUGGUCGCAAGUCAGACCGGAGUCUUCGCCGUAUAUACCAUAAUCGGCGGAGUGGUGUACUAUUACUGCGGUACCUACGUUUCAUCACCAGCCCUUGGUUCAGCCGGUGGUGUUGUAAAGAUCAUCAGCUACGCAUUUGCACUGCCCGGCCUCUUAGCCACACUCACCAUCGUCGCACAUAUCCCCGCAAAAUUCAUAUUCGUCAAUAUCCUCCGCGGCUCGCGCCAUCUCACCAGCAACUCACCCACGCACUGGAUCACCUGGUUGAGCUGUACGUUCGGAAUCAUUCUAAUUGCUUGGAUCAUUGCCAGCACAAUACCCAUCUUUGAUGCCUUGGUUUCUCUCAUCGGGGCUUUACUUGGUCCGCUUAUCUGCAUUCAGCCGAUGGGUGCGAUGUGGCUGUACGAUAACUGGCGGAAGGGGAAAGAUGCGGCGCAUAAGUCGAAACGGUGGAUGUUUAUGGUAGUGUGGAGUGUGCUAAUAAUACUCAUUGGGUCAUUCAUGAUGGUUGCGGGAACUUACGGGUCUGUUGAGUACAUCAUGGCGUCUUAUGCUGAGGAUGGGGGCUCGGCUGCUUUUUCGUGUGCUGAUAAUUCGAAUUCUGUUUGA